AUGUUGCAAGGAUCGUCCGGAGCAGGCCCGGGGACUCCCUCGGCCUCGGAGGCCGAGAAACACGCGAGCUUGGACACCUCAGGCAGCAACGAGAAUCCCAAGCCGCGCAGCUGCGUCGUCUGCCGAAGCCGCAAAGUUCGCUGUGACAAGCGAGCACCAUGUUCGAAUUGUCGUCGCGGCAAAAUCGCCUGUAUAUUUCCCCCGACCGACCGACCGCCGAGGUGGGCCCGACGUCUGGAUCGCAGCGCGCCCAACCCAACGCGUGUCGAUCCAAUCGCGGAUGGGGUCAUGGAGAGAUUGCAUAAACUGGAGACCCUCGUGAAAGAUCUCAGUAGUCAGUUGGAACGAACCAACUCGGCCGCUACAUCAGCUACCGGCGGUUCCUCCGGGGUUGGCUCCCCUGAACACUCUACCCAUGACCGAUCACAAAAGCCCUUGGCCAGCAAUGAGAAUGUGCAGAGUAGAUUUGGCCGACUGGUACUGCAGGACUCCACCAAAAGUCGUUACGUGAGUAGUGGGUUUUGGUCUCAGGUGAAUGACGAGCUUGACAGUUUGAAGAUCGACGCCUGCGAUCUUUCUUCGGGUGACUAUGAGACUUCCGACAAUGAAUCCAUGCCAAAGAAGACAGACUCUACGCAGAAAUUUGCGCGAACACCUGCAGCGCGCCACGGGUUCUUAUUUGGACACAACCUGAGCUCUUAUUCACCUGAAAUUGGUGGGCUCCAUCCGCUGCCCUCCCAGAUCCCUUUUCUACUUGACGUGUUCUCCGAAAAUGUCAACGCGAUCAUUCAGAUUGUUCAUCUUCCCACUGUUCGAAAGAUGAUUCGCGAUUGGCGGGAUCGAGACUUGAAGAGACUUGGUCCCGCCCAGGAAGCGUUAAUGUUCGCUAUCUACUAUGCGGCUGUCACCUCCAUGGAAGAGGAAGACAUCCUACUGAACUUUGGUGCCACGAAAGCCGAGCUUACCUUGAAAUAUCGCCAAGGUCUCGAGCACGCUCUUGCGAAUUCUGAUUUUUUGGGUGCCCCCGAAUUGACUUUGGUACAAGCAUUUGCUAUAUUCCUCGCCUUGCUCCGCCGACAAGAGAGUCCUGGAUUUGUGUGGAUGAUGACAGGAUUAGCAAUUCGAAUGGGCCAGGCUCUAGGCCUUCACCGAGAUGGAUCAAAUUUCGAUCACUUGAGCCCAUAUGAAGUUGAGGUUCGACGCCGAGUUUGGUGGGUCUUGUGCAUGUUGGAUGUAAGGGCAUCGGAGGACCAAGGCACCGACUAUACGAUCCUGAGUUCCAGCUUUGAUACCAAGAUACCGUCGAACCUCAACGAUGACGAUCUAGAUCCUGAAUCAACGCGAAUGCCCGAAGAGUGUGAUAGCUUAUCUGAUAUGUCUGUCGCACGUGUCACCUUUGGCAUAUGCUACGUGACACGACAGAUGAUGGCCCACGGAUUCAAAGAAAAGGCCCCGAGCCCAGAGGAACAGGGUGCUCUGUUGAAUGACAUGUACCAACUAGUUGAGCGAGACUAUCUUCGAUACUCGACUGAAUCAGGAAACAUAACAUACUGGGCGAUCGUCAUAGUCACUAGGCUCGUGAUGGCGAAGAUGUCAUUGCUGGUCUAUUUGCCUCUCUUGUUCUCCACUUCGAAGGACGGGUUCUCAGAGGACUUAAGAAUGCAGUUGUUGGUUGCGGGAAUUGAGGUCGCAGAGUACAACCAUGCCCUCAACGACGAACAGGCAUGUCGGCAAUGGCGCUGGGCUUUCCAGACCUACACACAUUGGUACUCCAUUGUUUAUAUGAUGAUUGAAGUCUCCCGACGCCCGUGGUCGCCUAUCUCGGAGCGAGCUUGGGUAGCUCUUCACAGCGUUUGGCUCAUUCCGACCGAAUCUCACAUGGACAAAAAUCGACGAAUCUGGAUACCAUUGCGCAAAAUUAUGAGCAAUGCUCGCAAGCAUCGUCAAACUGAGAUCACACGUCUGAGAAGUGAUCCCGAAGGUACCCAAAUUCUGGAGCAACAGUAUUGCACCCUCCCGAUACCGUCAAGCUCGGGGCCCUUUAUCCCGGGAACAAACUCCGCAGAUGCCUUUCUUCAGAGAUGGCGCGGGCUAGUGAAACCCCAAAAUAGUGAGAAAUCUAGUUCUGAACAUGAAAGUGGCCGGACAAAUCUUUCUCAACCGCCGAUCGAUCCUCAACGAACUCCGGCCCCAGCUGUUUCUUCGCUCAUGCACGAAACAACCCGGAAUAUCAUGGCUGAUAAAGUACGAUCAUCUGGUGAACCUCAGUCUUUUUUCCAUGUUCCGACGUCUCCUGGUGCAUUCAACGACCGUGGAAGAGACUCGACCGGCGCCAUACUGAACGACCAGCCCCCGAAGUCACAAGACGUAGACCAGGGUAUCAUUCCUUGGUUAUGGCCAGAGGAAGACAUAUCUAUACACCACACAGGUACAGGGGAAGGCCAAGUUGAUAUCACCAUGGACAUGGAUGUCGACAUAAACUGGUAUGAUUGGGUUGAAUCUGCUGCCAAAGGAGUGGAGUGGGAUGUGCCUACGGAGCAGUGA